AUGCCGUCCUAUAAUCUACCGACCUACCUCCCUCUACCACAUCCAAGUCUUCCAGUCCCACCUCGGCCACCGUCACCACCUUUCCGAGUCGCAUCCGUCGGCGGCAAAACCCCAUCCUCAUGUCCGACCACGGGCUGGAUUGCCCCCCGCCCACCGGCCUCUUUGCGGCAAUCCCCGACGGGGCAGUACCUACCUCCUACGCACCCACGAGCCUACGAAUGGACUCGAAAAUCCUAUCGUCGUUCACCCUUAGCCUUCGAGCGGCCUACCCAUACCCCGGACCCUCGACCGCACCAUCAUCACUACGUCCGAACCAGAUCCUUCGACUCGAAAUGCCCCAACGACGGUGUCGUCUCGAUUCGCUUUCUCAACCGCAUCGAUCCUAGACCUUUGUUCUUACCGGAAUGGUACACCGAUUUCGAACCCGAAUGUAAGGAGUAUAGGAUGUACGAACAUCUUGCUCGAGCGACGGCGGAGAAGACGUUGAGGAAUCAGAUGAUCAAAGGGGAUCGCUUUAGUGAGCAUGAGUCCGGGGCGUCGUUAGGCGAGAGGGAGUUGAGGUUAUGGGCGAUUUGUUUGAGUGUCAAGAAGGCAAGAAAGGGUGGGUCAAUGGCAGUGUGUGUCCUAUGGAUAUGAGCUGGGCUGAUGGAAAGCUUAUUCGUGUUGUGCGGGCGCAGCGAUGAGGAUGUCGGCUUCCAUCGCAGACCCAUUUUCGCAUGACCGCAAGGUUUCCAAGUCUCUGCCUCGGGAGCUGACUUUGAAUGUACGUCAUCGGAUCCCAUUUCCGUCGACCAGGGGAUCGCAGCAACUAGCGCUUCCCCAUGAGCUCGAUCACACGUCCUCCGAGCCGUCAAAGCUUGCGACGUCGCUUAUCUCCUCAAAACCACGGCCUCAUCGUCGAUCCGGCUUCAUCCAACCUCCGCUAUCAUCCAGCGCCCCGCCGCCACCAUCCAUCAACUCGAGUCGGAAUAGAACGGCAAGUGUUGCCACAACGGUGUCAGCCACUUCGACGAGCUCCGCUCUCAGUAAUUUGGGCAAGAGGAUCAGAGCUUUCGCUUCCAUGCGCCGGUCAUCUUCCGACGCGAUUCGAAGUCUGACCUCGAGCGGACACGAGAUGAUCAAGUCCCUGGAAGCGCUAUUGGAUGGAGCAACGAAGGAAGAGGAUUCCGACGACGAGACUUGGGAUGGAUCGACCGUUUCCUCGGAGGGACGCAACUCGUCGUCGUCUUCGCUCUCGACUUUCUCAUCCGACAGGUCAAGGUCGAGCUCGAGCUCGAUCGAAUCGGUAGAGUCCGAUUCUCCCACCAAGUGGCGCAAAUCGAGUUUGUACAGUCUACCCAACCAUACCACAAUCGAACGGAACUCCUCGUCUCCCAGGAUGUCGUUGGACGAGCAAGUUUAUUUGAUGAACCUGGAGCGUGCGGAUGCGGAGAAGAAAGUGCGAAGGGGAAGUUGGGGCGGUCGCACUCGCACAUGGGCCGGGUUCUUUGAUUCUUCGCUUCGGAAUUGA